GGCGGGUAAGGGCUUGUAACGCUGGCGGUUUGCGCAUCACCUUUCGCUUGGCCUCAGACCGCGCCUGAGCCGGGAGCUCCCGCGGGUAAAGGGGGGGCUGCCGCCCCGGAGCAGCUCGGACCGGGGAGUGCCGUCGUCUCCCACACAGUAAAGAAGAAUGUCAUUGUUUAAAGCUAGAGACUGGUGGUCCACUGUACUUGGAGAAAAAGAAGAAUUUGACCAAGGCUGUCUCUGUGUUGCUGAUGUUGAUAAUAGUGGCAGUGGACAAGAUAAAAUUAUUGUGGGCAGUUAUAUGGGGUAUCUUCGAAUCUUUAAUCCACGUCCUGUGAAACCUGGAGAUGGAAUACAACCCGAAGACUUGCUCUUGGAAGUGCAGUUACGAGAACCAAUAUUGCAGGUGGAAGUGGGAAAAUUUGUUUCUGGUACUGAAGGACUUCAUCUGGCUGUGUUGCAUUGCCGAAAACUCUGCGUAUAUGCUGUUUCAGGAACUCUGGGAAAUGUGGAACAUGGGAACCAGUAUCAGAUUAAGCUGAUGUAUGAGCACAAUCUUCAGAGAACUGCUUGUAAUAUGACUUACGGUCCAUUUGGUGGUGUAAAAGGUCGAGAUUUGAUAUGCAUACAGUCCAUGGAUGGGAUGCUUAUGUUAUUUGAACAGGAAAGCUAUGCUUUUGGCCGUUUUUUGCCUGGUUUUCUUCUGCCUGGUCCCUUGACUUACAGCUCUCGGACGGAUUCUUUCAUUACAGUGUCUUCUUGUCGACAAGUUGAGAGUUACAAAUACCAAAUGCUGGCAUUUGCAACAGAUGCUGAUGAAAGACAAGAAACAGAACAGCAAAAACUUAGUUCUGGAAAAAGAGUUGCGGUGGAUUGGGUUUUAAACAUCGGAGAGCAAGCUCUGGAUAUACGCGUUGUCUCCUUUAAUCAGGCAGUUUCUUCUGUUUUUGUGCUUGGUGAAAGAAACUUCUUUUGCCUUAAGGAUAAUGGGCAAAUUCGAUUCAUGAAAAAGCUUGAUUACAGUCCGAGUUGCUUCAUUCCUUAUUGUUCAGUGAAAGAAGGAACAAUAAACACUCUAGUUGGAAACCACAGUAAAAUGCUGAAUGUUUAUCAAGAUAUUACACUGAAAUGGGCCACUCAACUUCCCCACAUUCCUGUAUCAGUAAAAGUAGCGAAUUUACAAGACUUGAAGGGUGUUAUAGUCACUCUGAGUGACGAUGGGCAUCUUCAGUGUUCCUACCUUGGAACUGAUCCGUCACUCUUCCAGGCUCCUAGGGUUGAUUCUAGGGAAAUAAACUAUGAAGAAUUUGAAGCUGAAAUGAAAGAGCUCCAGAAAAUCAUCAAGGAGGCCACAAAAACACAAGAUAUUUUGCCCAAAUCUGAAAAACACAGAGAUCUAAUUGUCACAGCAGAGGUUUCGCCCGAUUUGGAUGCAGAAUCUCAAGCCAUUGACAGUGAGGUAAAAGCAGAGGCCGUACCAUCAGUCACAGUAAAGAUAACAAUACAGAGCAGAGUGACUGCCCAGAAACCAAACCUGGCAGUGUGUGUACAAGCUCCAUUAGCAGUGACCUGUGACCAGUUCGUCUUUGAUGAUUUAGACCCAGAUUCAUCUGAAACCGUCGUCCUGUCUGUCUUUUUGAAGGGGAAUUGUUCUCCAUCAGAACUAGAAGGAAAUUGUGUGGUUUCAUAUAAUAUACCAACAGAGCUCAAUCCUGAAGGAAUACCGAAAGUUGCACAGUGUAACUUCAGGCUGCCUUUGCGGCUAGUUUGCUCUCCAGCCCAACCUUCAAAAGCAGCAAACCACAAGAUAACUAUUGAUACCAAUAAACCUCCCGUCAGUUUUCUCACCAUUUUUCCAGACUUUGUUGAUCCGUCUGAGGAUGACCAGGCAAAUGUUCUGGGAUUUCAGUUUUUAACUGGGUCAAAAACCACUCUUCUUGCUUCAAAAACAUCACAACGAUAUAGGAUCCAGAGUGAUCAGUUAGAAGACCUUUGGCUGAUAACAAAAGAGCUCACGCUUCGACUCGAGGAACAUUUUAAGAAGCAAAACUGCAAAGAUUUUGCAUGUACCUUUUCUGGUUCAAUACCCCUGCAAGAAUAUUUUGAACUAAUCGAUAGACAUUUUGAGCUACGUUUGAAUGCUGAAAAAUUUCAGGAGCUGCUGUCUGAAAGGGCUGUACAGUUUCGAGCUAUUGAGCGGCGAUUGCUGACACGAUUCAAAGACAAAACUCCUGCUCCUCUUCAACAUCUGGACACCUUGCUAGAAGGAACAUUCAGAGAGGUAAUAGCUCUAGCAGAUGCAGCAGAAGAAAAUCAAGCCAAUGUGUUCCAGGCAUUCACAAAGUUGAAAAGUGCCACCCAUCUGAUGAUUAUGCUCAUUAGUCUGUGGCAGAAGCUCAGCGCUGAUCAAGUUGCUAUUCUGGAAGCUACUUUUUUGCCAUUAGCAGAAGAUACACCAGAGCUGGGUUGGGAAGAAACUGUGGAUGCUGCCAUUUCUUAUUUGUUAAGAACUUGUUUGUCAAAGAGCUCUAAGGAACAGGCCCUGACUCUCAGCAGCCAGUUGUGCAUGCCCAAAGAUACUAGCAGACUGAAGAAGAACAUCACCCUCUUCUGCGAUAGAUUGGCCAAAGGUGGCCGCCUUUCCUUAAGUACAGACUCAGCCACUCAGCAAGCUACUGUCAUGCCAGGUGGCUGUACUACAAUCCCGGAGUCAGAUUUAGAGGAAAGAACGGUUAUACCUGGCUCCACUGCAACAUUUCCCAACCACGGGCAGAUUGCAAAGCAGAAAUCCGAGCCUGGUUUGUCUGAGGAUGCAGCAGAGCAAGCAGAAAAGCCGUGAAAUCUGAAGACAACCCUCCGGAGGAAUUUCUAUCUGACAUCAAAUGCAUUUAUAAUGCAGCAGUACCAGUCCCAUUUUCCUCUGUACUGCUUGCACCUUCCAGAAGGAGAGGACUGUGCUAAUUUAUACAAAAAAGUUCCAUUCAAAUAAUUUUGGUUUAGUGUCCCUGCCAACUACUAGCAUCCUUUCUGUGAGCAAAGUUUAAGCACUUAAUCAACUGUGGUAGGGGUGUUGUGUUAUGUUUUGUGAUAUAUCAGUCCUUUCUAAGGAUUCAGUCGAUUGAUCAAAGACUGUUUACACAUAGUUAAAAUCAACCUUUGUUUCAGGAUAUGUUUUAUCUUUUUUAAAAGAUAUUCUGAACUGUACCUCCCUUUGAGAUUAUAUUAACAUUUGUUAUAUCACAGUUUUGACAAAAGAUAACUAUCUCGUUUCCUCCUGUACUAAUGUUCACGAUUCCAGACAGCUGAAUUCACCACCAGAAGAAAAACUGGUAAUCCAUCAACUUUUUUUUUCCCCUCUCACAUUGCUUAUACAGACUCCUGCUCUCUAGAGAUAUAGAGUAAAAUAUCGUUACUGGACAUAAAGGGCAAACCCUUUUGCCAUUAACUAUGUCAGUAUGAAUGUGAUUAAAGUUUACAGUGUAAGUACCUUGAGCACAGCAACACAUGGAUCUUUUUAUGGUUACCUGUGAUUUCUGUUUUUCUUGUCAGUCAGUCUGUUCUAGUUAUGGGUAAGAUUUUCAAAAUAACUAUCAAUUUUUGAGUGCCUUAAUUUUUAUUAAUCCAGUUGGAGGGUGCUUUGAGGGUUGAGUUUUUAGAAAGUGCUGAGUAUUUGCCUUCUGAAAGUCAGGUCCAUGCAAGGUGCCUGAAAUGCAACACCCAACAGCUGAGGUCACCUUUGGGAGGACCUUGGCCUAGUGUUUGAAAGCGUCAGGCUCAUGUCUGGAUUCCUGAGAGUGAGUUGAGAUAUCAAUAAAAGAUACUCGGAACUGAAAACAAAUGAGACCUCGGUCAAGUGUAAAAAUAGUCAUUUGAACGAAGCCUUUCCUGGCUGUUGCUGGUUCAUACCAAAAUAGAAGUUGCAGUCUUUUGGACGGCAGAUAUAAAAGGCACUGCUAGUCUCAGCUUAGUUUCUGGUGGAUGCAAUUGCACGAGCCAUCUCCACAUCCCAUGCUCCUGUUGGUUUCCUCAGCAGGGGUUCACCAACUCCUGUUCUAGCUGUAGAAGUCCCUCCUACUCACUUUUGUGCUGUUUCAGCAGAGGUUGUGACAGUUCUUGUGGUCUGUGCUUACUUGAUCUGUGGAUAAAAAGGAGACGUUAUAUUUCAGGAUGUCUUAAGCCAUCAACCUUCAUCAUCUCCAUAUCUACUUUCAGCCUCUUUGCAUCCACCCCCAGAACAAAAACAACUUUGCACCACUUGUGCAUCUGCUGCUUAACCCUCUGGUCCUACUCUGCCUCAGUAAACGUGAUAUAACCGUGUUUCAUGGAGCCUUUUUCAACAUGUUAGGUAUUAAAUAGAGCUAAGUGGCCAGGGAACUGGAUAAGGCUUCUGAUACCUCUAGGACUGAAGCAGGCAGCGACUCCCAAUAAAAAUGACUGUGUCCCCCAGGAUACCUCAGAUAUCUACAAGUUGUGGGGCCAGAAAUCUUGCUUCUUUCCCUGGAAGGAAAAAUCCUACCCCCUGCUUUUUAUGGAGUGAUUCUCCUGGCUGAGUUUUCUUCACUCUGAUCCCUCCCCUGUGGUUUUUGUCAGGAGGGUGGUAUCCAACCCAUUGUCAAGGUACCCUGCUGCGCUGUGAAAAUUACACAAUAAAAUAAUCUCCUGUAGUCUCUGUACACACCUCAAUGACCAAAGAAAAUCCAUGGAGAACUAAUCAAUUACUGUAGCUAUUAGGCUUAAACUUUAACUAUAGAUCUCAAAUCUUCUUUUGUCCUCUUGUCAGCGGCUACUAGGUAAUCUAGAAAAAUCAACCACAGUUACUACUGAAAGCCCGCACCAUAAUGGUGUAGAAUCCUAGACCAAAGAAUCCUAAGCUAUAGGUGUAUAAUAUAGCUAGAAAGCACACUACUAUGAGACUUCUGUGAAACAUAUUACCCUGUCAUAACUGUCAUUAUUGAAUGUGAUCCCAGUGCUCAGAGCUGCCUUGUUUCAUUGGGAGUUUAGGGUAAACAACGAGUAGGUACUCAGGUCAAUUAUAUCAUCCACUCUUAUUUAAGUUAUUUUCUGUCAUUUUAAGAUGUAAGGCUCAGAAGCACUCUCGUUUGCCUUCUCUGCUCCAUGCUUUGUAAAAUGAGGUCUCAUGAGAAUAGUUUUACAGACGGGGGAAAACAUACUGGUAAUAAAGAGGGAAAAAAAAAAGGUAGAACUGUCUAUAGUAGUAAUGUAUGACCUCUUUGUAUAUUGCACUAAAUUGCGGUAUUUGAUAGUAUCAUCCGGAUCUAAAAGAGAAAUGUAGUUGCAUUGAGUAAAAAUUACUUAGUUUCCCCCAAUGCCAAAUAGUCUAUCCAACUCAGAGGAAGGAAGUAAUUGAAAUGCAGUCAUUUAUGCAGCAGGGUAAGAGGAAACAUUGUAAAGUAAUUCUUAGCAGUUUUCAAAUGCAGUUUGAAUUUUUAAGAAAGUUCUUUUGGGCUGGAAAAAAAUCAGGCCAAUUACAGGAAGUUUUGAAGUUAGGGAGUUGGCCAACUGAAAAACGUAAGGCAGCAUUGCUAGUUCAAGGGGACCAAAUGUUUGGUUCUCAUCAACGAUGUUUCUGAGGCCAAGACUGACAUUGCUGGCCAAUCAAACUAUUCUGAACAGGAUUUUAGAGUAAUGCCUGGUCAGCUUUUCUGCUUGGCUUAAAUAUGCGAGCCUGUCUGCAUGUUUAGCUAUUCGAGGAGAAUUGUAUAUGUUUAGGUGGCUCACAGAUAAAAACAAAUUUUAAAUUAUCAUUUUAUUGAAGUUAAUUUUGUAUACGUAUAUCUAAAAGGAAUUUUGUGACAUUUUGAAAACCAUGCUGUGAGUCAUGGCAACUUUGUUAUAUUCGUGCUAUAGCGCUUUGAGAUGCAUUUUUCUAAAAUAAGUCCUAACAUAAAACAUAUUCUUUUUUUUGUUUUUCUGUUAAACAGGUAAAUGCUUCUAGAGUUUAUUUUCUUGGUAGAGUUUAUCUUCUGAAUGUUAUUGUCCAAGGGCUUUUCUUUCAUUUUGUUUUUGUGCUGUUGUAAUUCAGAAAAACAGAUUAAAACAAUUACUACUCUGAUGACCAAAAUCUGGAGGUCUGGGCUCUGAUGAUAUUUUGGGCUUUGAACACAAUGCUGAGUUCAAACUGUGGUUUCCAGCCCCAGAUUGAUUCUUCUGUCCAACUAUUAUUAAACUAUAACACAGAAAACCAACAUUUCUUUACUUUCAAGGCGUUGAGUUUCACUUUAUAAUGUCUUGUCUUUUUUUCUGUUCUUCAGCAUUUACUGUACAGCGAGCAUUAGAGAUAAGUUUCAAUAUUCUUGUGUUGCUUAUAAAGAGUAAUUUAUGCCAUAAACAGAAAUUUGCUGAGCAGAGAUUGUAUUUCUAUGUGAAGUCCUUCCAGCAUAAAAAAAAUACAAAUACGGGGUAUGCAUCAUUUUGGAUAAGUGUCUUUC